AUGGGUGAACGUUCUCUUCAUCGGACUCUGGACAUCUCGAAGCUUGAUUUCAAUGGGCAGAGGGUUCUGAUGAGAGCGGACUUCAAUGUCCCACUCUCUGGAAAACAGAUUGCUGACGAUACAAGGAUAAGAGCCACAGUUCCGACCAUCGAUCUACUGAGGAAAGGUGGCGCCAUUCUGAUACUGGCCAGUCACAUGGGCAGGUGUGGCUCUGCCUUGCCACACUGCGGCCAAUCCUCGCUGGCGCCUGUGGCGGCGGCACUGAAGGACAUUUUGGGCGAUGCCUUUGUGGGCCUGGCAGAAGACUGCAUUGGAGACGCUGUCUCAGCUCGGAUUGGCACGAUGAAACCGGGCCAAGUGCUCUUGCUUGAAAAUACCCGCUUUCACAAGGGCGACACUCAAAACGACGACGCAUUUGCCGAAGCGCUUGCAAAGAGCACUGGUGCUGAAGUCUUCAUCAUGGAUGCUUUUGGAGUCUCGCAUCGCAACCAGGCUAGUGUGACGGGCAUCACAAAAUUUGUACCGAAGUCCUACCCUGGCCCGCUCGUCAGAAAGGAAGUGCUGUGCCUUGCUCGGAGCAUUGAUGUCCCCAAACGGCCUUUUGUCGUCGUGUUGGGUGGCGCAAAGGUGGUUGACAAGCUGCACAUAAUCAGCAUCCUCAUUGACAAGGCUGACAAGCUGAUCAUUGGGGGCAAGAUGGCCUUCACGUUCCUCAAGGCCAAGGGUGUGUCUGUGGGCGACACUGAGAUCGAGGAAGCCCAUCGAGUGGAGGAAGCGCUAGAGAUGGAGAGGAAGGCAGCCGAGCUGCACAAAGAGCUGUACCUGCCCAUCGACCAAGUGGUGGCUGAAGAGCUUGAACAAGGUGCACAGACCAAGAUUCCAAUAAUUUCAAACGGUUUCCACGGAGGCGACAUCGGUCCAGCAAGUCAGCAGCUUUUUGCUGAUGCGCUCGCAGAUGCUGGCACAAUCUUUUGGAAUGGACCCUUGGGAAAAUUUGAGGUGCCGGAAUUCUCAAAGGGCACGUAUGCCAUGGCAAAGGCCAUUGCAGCAGCAACAAAGCGGGGAGCAAUCACGAUCAUAGGUGGCGGAGACUCCGUGUCGGCUGUCAAGGCAGCAGGUUGUGCGCAUGAAGACUUUACACACAUCUCCACUGGAGGCGGGGCCAGCCUGGAGCUCAUUGAGGGCAACAAGAUGCCAGGUCUGCGGGCUCUCACCUUGGGCGUCUAAGCCAAAUCAGAAUGGCUGGGAUGCUUGAACAACGCAUGGCCCCUUGAAGAGCCAGCGGAUCACUGAUGAGAUAUAUGCACCAUUCAGUACUGAAGCAAUUCAUUUCACUGAACGCAUGAUCUACGCAAUGCAAGUAAAGCAUUAUUACCGUACAAGUGAUGAUGAUCAUGUUCAGUCCAAAUGACUGCAAGCCUUCGGAGGCCUGUCACAGAGGAAUGCCAUGCGCAUGCAGCGACCGUGUCACACCGUGAUAGUCAACGGCCUGACGGUUAGGCACCAGUCGCAUCCAGAAUGUCCAUCAUGAUAAUCAGUUAAUCCUAUGCCUUCUU